GUACGAAAUGAAAAGGGACAAAAAAGAGAAAGAUAAAAAGUUGUCAUGUGAAAAUAACCCCUUCGUAAGUAAACAAGUACAAGCGGCAAAAACAGAUCAGACCACAUAUCAAACAUAUCAAAGUCAGUGGCAACUACUUUGAGGCUUGUAAAAACACGACUCCCUUACAAUUUCUCAACAAUAAUCUGCAACUGUGAAUUCAACAAAAAAGGCAAGGAAGCUUGAAAAAUACCCGCCUACAACGUGACAUGCAUACAAGUAGAUUUACAACUAGGUGGAAUGCACAGUCAGUCAGUAAGUCAGCUGUAUGGGGCCAGGUAUGAAUCAUGAAUGAAUACAAAUUAUCCAAAGAAUAAAAGGAACACUACAUAUUGACGAUUCCAUGUAGACGACGAAAUGGAGGGAACACGCGCUGCGCUGGCAAACACUGUGUGCCUCAGACUUCAGUUCAUUGCAACUUCAUCAUAUUCAUCCUUCCAUUAUGUGGUAGUGGUGCAUGACGAGUAUAAUAAUCCUCUUAUGCAUAUAAUCAAACAGUGCUUACGUGAAGACCACAUGUGUGUGUUUGUGAAAUGGAAACUGCAAACUCACCUACCUGACAGCAGUCAAAAGCCCUCCCGACUACUAAUGCAACCUGCUGGUAAUGAAGAGAGUAGUAUCACUAAUACCACCUGUCAAGCAGCCACUACACCGAUUAACAACUGAAAAACGUGUCUGAAACGCUGAUCAAACCAUUAUCAU